AUGUCCGACGAGGAGGAAGUCUAUUCCGAGGAGGAGUACGAGGAGGAGGAAGAAGUUGAGGAGGAGAUCGAGGAAGCCGCCGAAGAGCCCGAAGAUCUUGCCGAGCAAGAAGAGGAUGAUAGCAAUGAAAACUUGAACGAGGCUGAAAAGGCGAUGCUGGCGGCCAAAAAGCGUCACGAGGAUGAGGAUCAGGCGAAACUUCAGGAUUAUGAGGAGCGUCGUCGCGCUGAACGCGAGAAGGAAGAGGAGGAGCUGAAGAAGCUCAAAGAGAAGCAGGAGCAACGCCGUCUUCAACGCGAGCAAGAGGAGCGCGAGGCGGCUGAGAGGAAGCGUCAAGACGAGGAACGCCGCAAAAAGGAGGAAGAGGAGCGUCGAAUGCGCGCCGAAGAGGACAAGAAGCGCAAAGAGGAGGAGAAGAUGAAAAAAGCACAAAUGAUGGGCGGCGGAUUUCAGCAGGGCGGCGCGCCGGGACGCAAUUUCGUCAUCAACAAAAAGCCGGACAGCGGCGUCGGCGAUCGAUUCGGUAAUAUUGUGCAGGCGAAACAGGAGAUGGGAAUGACGAAAGAGCAGCAAGAAGAAGCGAAAGGCCAAUUCAUGGCCAACAUUCGCAAAAGCAUUCCCGACGUGUCGACAAUUCUGCCGAGCGAUCUCAAAGCGCGCAUCAAAGAGCUUCAUCAGCGUAUUUGUAAGCUCGAGGCGGUCAAAUAUGAUCAGGAGAAGCGGCACGAGCGGCAGGAAUAUGAUUUGAAAGAACUCAACGAGCGUUCGCGUCAAGUCGCGCGCGCCAACAUCGCCAAAAAUGGGCAGACGAGCGUCGACGACACGAACGGCCGACAUCCGCCAAAGGUGCAAAUUUCUUCGAAAUACGAUCGUCAAAUCGAUCGAAGAAACUUCAAAGAGCGCCGUCAGGUUUAUGAGAAUAAAUCGGCGUUCCCAUGCUUCCCCGGUGUUCCGCCACCGCCAGCGAUCUAUGAGAAGGUGAUCAAGAAGCUUGAUUACGAGAUUCAGGAGGAGGAAGAAGCUGCGGCGGCGGCAGCUGAAGAGGAAGACGAGGAAGAUUAUUAG